CACUGUAGUAUUUGACCGAAUUUACCCCAGUCGAUACAGCUCUGACGUCAAUGCGUUUAUGGGCAUGCAUACAAGGAUUGAAAAUAAACAAAGACCAAAAGCGGCUUAUUGAUCAUUAAGCUGCCAUAAACAUAACUUAUAAUACUUUUAGGCCAUUUUUUUUAAAGCUACUACAAACACCCAGCAUCUGAAUCAAGACGUCCCUACGGCCAUGGAAAACGCAUUGUUGAUGCGAGUGAGUGUUUUCUCCGACCAGGGAGGAAGGAAAUACAUGGAGGACGUUACCGAGGUUGUAGUGGAGCCCGAGUCGGGGGAAGACGAGCUGAACUCGGACGAACAAGAUGAGACCAAAGGGGAUAGCUCGACGGUCGACAUUGUGCCUAAAAACGAGCAGCCUGAUCGGACUGUACACAACGAGCCUCUAUCUGCCUCCACUACAGUUGCAUGGACACAAAAUGGGGACCAAAGUUGUGCUGCAGUUGCACUGGCAGUUUCGACAGUGGAGAGUUCACCGGCGGAGAGCGAUAACCGGCCCCAGCGCUCGGUGGCUUUCUUCGCGGUGUUUGAUGGCCACGGAGGCCGAGAGGCAGCGCAGUUUGCACGGGACUAUUUAUGGGAAUUCAUCAAGAAACAGCGGGGCUUUUGGUCCAAGGAUGACGAGGAAGUGUGUGAAGCUAUUCGUAAAGGUUUCGUUGCCUGCCACCAUGCCAUGUGGAAAAAGCUGCCCGAAUGGCCCAAAACUCUCACAGGGCUUCCCAGCACCUCAGGCACCACGGCCAGUGUCGUGGUCAUCCGGGGGAACCGAAUGUACGUGGCCCACGUAGGAGACUCUGCCAUAGUGCUGGGGGUCCAGGAUGACCUCACAGACCAGUUCAUCAAGGCCGUGGAGGUUACACAGGACCACAAGCCGGAGCUGCCCAAGGAGAGGGAACGCAUCGAAGGGCUGGGGGGCAGUGUGAUAAAGAAGUCUGGUGUGAACAGGGUGGUGUGGAAGAGACCCAGGUUAACUCAUAACGGCCCCGUCCGGAGGAGCACCGUCAUCGAUCAGAUCCCUUUCCUGGCUGUGGCCAGAGCUCUGGGGGACCUGUGGAGCUAUGACUUCUACAGCGGAGAGUUUGUCGUGUCCCCGGAGCCAGACACCUGUGUUCUGACCCUUGACCCCCAUAAACACCGUUACAUCAUCCUGGGCAGUGACGGGCUGUGGAACAUGGUGCCCCCCCAGGACGCUGUCUCCAUGUGCCAGGACAACGAUGAGGCCAUGGCGCCGUGCGGGGUGUCCAGCGCUCGCCAGCUGGUGAGCCACGCCCUCCUGCGGUGGCGCCAGAGGAUGCUGCGUGCGGACAACACGUCGGCCAUCGUGAUCGCCCUGCAGGAGCCGGGUGUCCCUCAGGAACCCCUCCACCACGAGGAGGUGCUGCUGAACCUGGCCGAGGGACAACACUGUGGCCCCACAUUGGACUCCCACUCCAACACACCACUCGUCAAGGUUCCAGACAUGUCGUCUGCUGUGUGUGAGCUCCUUCCGACCCUGGAGCGUGGACACGGCCUAUCAGGGAGCAGCCUGUACGUCCUGGCCCUAUCAGAUCCCUUUGACACACCCCUCUCAGACUCUGACGACUCCCGCACCGGUUUCCCCCUGACGACAGACAGCCCCACCCCGGGGGAGGAGCUUAGUGAUGUCACCGCCAGGACGCCCGGCGGCAAACGGACUCUAGAUGAUGACACGUCACCCAACCCAGUUCCGUCCGCCAAGAGGAACCGGAGGAAGAAUGGCGAGGGAACGUUGGCGGGGCCAAAAGGAGGUGGAGGAAAGGACCAGAAACAGUCUCUGACUCCGCCCCCCACCAACGUUUCCCCCACGCUCUUCCAGCAGCGACAUGGCAAGGCCACCGUGUGUGUGUGCUGAGAGACACCCACACACACACACACCCACACACACACACCCCCACACACACACACACACACACACACCCACACACACACACACACACACUAUAGACGGACUAACAGGGACACCAGACAGACACUAACAUUCUGCCUUUUCCACAACCUUUUACAAACGACUCUACUGAAUGAGAGACACACACACACACCCCCACACACACACACUAUAGAUGGACUAACAGGGACACAAGACAGACACUAACAUUCUGCCUUUUCCACAACCUUUUACAAACGACUCUGACUGACUGAGAGACCAGAGUCCCUUUUCAGGGUCGUUAUUCCUCUGUUUGGUGACACCUACUAGUCACAUUGAUGGAUUACAUAUUGGUAUUGUGUUCUGCACUUGUCCUCUGUUAUAUUUAAUCUUACUCUGUUCUCUGGGAUGGUGGAGAAUGAUUUUAAGUGGUGGUCUGUCAUGUAAAUCAUUUAUAACCCCCGUAAGUAACUCUGUGAUGCAAGGAAAGGUUAACAUUUUCAAAACGGCUUUUGUAAACACAUACAAAGUUUUCCCAAAUUAACCACAACAUUUGGGGUCGAUGGGCACUUCCCCCCCCAAAAAAAAUUUGAAUACUGCCCCUCCCCCGGGGCGUGGCUGUCUGGGUGAUGGUUAUAACGUGUGAACGUCCACAAAGUCAAAAGAUAUCUCGCACUCAUUAUGUCGUGACUAAAUCUUUAUUUAUUUUUUUGAGGUUUGGUGUUGUUUUGGGGACAGAAAAAAAUCAUCCAAAGUAUGAAUUUAACCAAUCUGUAAAUAUUCAGCAAAUUUUGACAUGGGUUCAUUAAUAAAAUACAUGUUAUUUACUUUUAGGUAAAGCAAUAUAUUUUUUUAUACAUUAUACACUAUUGUAGAUAGACUUGAUAUUCCCUCAUAUCAUUCAAUCCUCCUAUCCUUUAUGGUUUACUGGGCCCAUCCUGGUUUUAAAUUGGAUUUAAAUGUUGUUUUUCCUUCUAAUGUGUGUGUGUUCUGUUACUUCUUCACAUAUUGUAAUGAGAUAAUCCCAAACUGAAAGGUGCUGGUACAGUUUUAAUUAACCUGUAAUUAGUUCGACAAGGUGAACCGUAUGAUAUAGUUGCUUUUCCCACUGUCAGAUGAGCUCACAUGACACCUUGUGGUCAUUACCUGUAACUGCAACACUUGGCCUAUUUAUUUUAUUUUCCUUUUUACUGAACCCCCCCCACCCAACAACAAUAUCUACAGACAAUGAACUGUUGGCUAUUUAAAUGCUCCAGUUUAGUCUAUGGGGUUCUGUUGUCUGCAGUGGUCAUUGAGAAAAUGGUUGUGGUAAACUAGCUAGUUGUCAAUAUACAUUUGUUUGUUUUUUUCGUUUUUAGAAUACUGGGGGGGGAGGGGGGGGGUCUUAACUUUUAUUUGCUUCUCAAGUUGAUUGACUUGAACUAGGAUUGCUAGUUAGAUAUAUACGACUCGUUGACAUCUUUUAAGUGAUUAUCAAUGUUUUAUUUAAAAAGCAGUCAGAUGCUUCAUCUUAAUUUACCUACAUGGAUAUGACUCAUGUUUAUUUAUUUUACCUUUAUUUAACUAGGCAAGUCAGUUAAGAACAACUUCUUAUUUACAAUGACGGUCUAGGAACAGUGGGUUAACUGCCUUGUUCAGGGGCAGAACGACAGAUUUGUACCUUGUCAGCUCCGGGGUUUGAACUUGCAACCUUCCGGUUACUAGUCCAACGCUCUAACCACUAGGCUACCCUGCCAGCAUUGUUUUAUUAUUUGACCUGUAGUCCUCACAUAGCUGUUGCUGUGGUUACGGGGCAUCCGACUUUUGACAGUACUAGUGUUUUUAACAAAGGUCUACCAACUGCCACAUUUGCUUCUUGACAAGCGCUCGUUAAAUUUUUUAUUUUAUUUUUUUAUUUCACCUUUAUUUAACCAGGUAGGCUAGUUGAGAACACCUUUAUUUAACCAGGUAGGCUAGUUGAGAACAAGUUCUCAUUUACAACUGCGACCUGGCCAAGAUAAAGCAUAGCAGUGUGAGCAGACAACAAAGAGUUACACAUGGAGUAAACAAUUAACAAGUCAAUAACACAGUAGAAAACAAAGGGGGGGUCUAUAUACAAUGUGUGCAAAAGGCAUGAGGAGGUAGGCGAAUAAUUACAAUUUUGCAGAUUAACAUGAUGAAUCAUUUUCUGUAUGUAGUUUUAGUUUUUCUAGACCAAAGUGCAAUUUUAACUGGCCGAUUUUCUUUUCUUUUCCUAGUAGGCCUGUAUUUGUGUUUUUUUAGUUUUUUUUUUACUCUUGUUGGAUUGAAUAUUUUAAAUGUUUUUAGGUGAAGAGAUACUGGUGUGUCAUUCUGCCAGAACAUAUUUUCUGUUACGUUGUUUGUGAUGGUUUUGUGCAUAAUGUUUUUAGGAAUAGUAUUGGUUUUGCGUCCCAAAUUUAACUUUAUUCCAGAAGUAGUGCGCUACUUAGCUACACACAACACUCCAUAAUGACAAAGCAAAAACAGGUUUUUAGACAUUUUUGCUAAUUUAUUAAAAAAAUAAACUGAAUUAUCACA